AUGAAAACAUACGGUAGGCCCCUGUGGCGUGUUUACGACGAUGACCAGCGUCCGGCCGCCAAAAAAAGACGCGUCCAGUCGGGAAACGAGUCCGACGAGGCAGCAGAAAAUAGCCUCCAGUACGCAAUCCGCGAGUCGUCCGCCGCCGUCCUGUCCAGCCCGUCGCGCCGCAAUUCCGUUCUUCUCUCUGAAGGUACGCAGGAGGAUGAGUUAUCGACACCCCCCUCGUCACCGCCACCUCGACUGAGUCCUCCUCCGGCCAAUACACGGAAACCUACUUUCUCGUUUCUCAAGCGCAAACAUGCCGCCACCAAGGACCCGGGUAGUGCCACGCCACUCACCGAAGUCAACUCCAACAGUGUGCGCGCGUCGACAGACCCGCCCAAGAAGAAGAUGGCGCCGUCGCAGCCGGCAUUACCGCAGCAGCCUGUGUUGAAGCAGAUGCAAAUUGACCUGGGCCACGAAGUGAGGAGGACCUGCGCGACCUGUGGUAUGGAAUACGUCCCUUCAAAUUCGGAGGACGCCUCAUUACACAAGAAAUUUCACGACAUGAACUCGACGGGCGUGGAUCUGGGGAAGGCCUUUAUGAGAGCGAACGCAUCGCGGUGGGUUUACGAGGCGACCCGAUUUGAAGAAGGGUAUGUGGUCAUUGUCGACCGGAAGGCGUCUCCGACCGCGAAAAAUCAGGCGAAGAAGGUGUUGGAGGUUAUCGGCAAGGAGCUGUCCUCUCCGGAGAUUCAGGACGAAGUCCUAUGGAGCCAGGUUGAAGCGCCCAAGCAUCUGCGCAAGAACGGCUCGUCCGAAAAAGUCGACCGCUACAAGGUGUUUUUACACAUGAAGGAUAGCCGAUGUGUCGGUGCCUGCCUAACGGAGCGAAUCUGGGAGUCUCGACCAGUUGAGAAGCCCUCUGCAGCGCAAAAUGGAACCGAUUCUGCGGUCACCGUUCGUGAAGAGACUCAUCCAGCUAUUGUUGGGAUCUCACGCAUCUGGACAUCCGGCUCUUCCCGACGAAAGGGAAUCGCCAUGGACCUCCUCGAUUGCGUUGUCAGCAAUUUUAUCUACGGCAUGGAGAUUCCGAAGGAGCAGAUGGCCUUCAGCCAACCGACUGGGAGUGGCAAGGCUCUAGCUCAGUCAUUCUUUGGAGAUGAAGAGUGGCAUGUGUACGAGGAGAAUUAA